AUGAUUCACUCAAACUCGUUGAGUGCUGCGAUGAAACCAACGCCGAAAGACAAAAAAAGAGAAGAAAUUCUUCACAGAGAUCAAUUGAGAAAUUUAAUAAAGAGUGUUGACAAGAGAUAUGAACUCGACAAAACGUCAAUCCAACCGGCGUUGAAAGAUGUUGUGGAAGACUUUUUAGAGACAAGCCUCUGCGACUUACUUGACAUCUCAAAGUUCAGGCAAGAGGAAAAAAUCAGUACAAAGGAUGCCGUGUUUUACUACAAGAAGUUCUGGGACUUCGACAUCGGAACAAAGUAUCCUUUGUCGAAAAGAUCUAACAAUUUCAUCGAUCUGAAGUACCAAUCCAGGCGGAUGUUUAUUCAAAAUAUCAAUUCAUUCAAGCAGUGCGCCCACGCUAACUUCGGCGAAAAAGGCGCAGAUAACACUCCACCAAAUGACAAAUUGAUUUGA